AUGGGACCGCGAAGGUCGCACCGCAAGUCCCGGAAUGGCUGUCCCGAAUGCAAGUCGCGGCGCUUAAAGUGCGAUGAACGUUUUCCAUGUACCAAUUGCGUCAAACAUGCAAUCCAAUGCAGCUAUGUUGGCCCGGUUAGAGGAACCGGGACACCGACCUCGAGUGCCUCGCCGAUCCCUCAGUCGCAGCCGCAGUAUCAAUCGCAUGUCUACCGUCCGUCGCAGGAAAUGACCACUGGAAGUAUCUCGACGCCAAGAGGCAAUUUCCCCUGGGGAAUUACGACGACAGAUAUCGGGCUUGAUUCCGAAGAUCGCUGGGAUCUCCUUGAGGCCUUGCCUGGCAAACCCGGCCAUGUCGUCCAGAAUGCGGAGGACUGGAGCCUCGACCUCGAGUUAAUGCAUCACUUUUGCUCGGUGACAUCCAACACGAUGUCCUGGCGUGAAGAUGCGAGGCAUGUUUGGCGUGUGGUCAUCCCCAUGGAGGGAUACGUGAACAAAUAUGUGAUGCAUGGCCUUUUGGCUAUUGCCGCCUUGCACAAAGCCUAUCUAUACUCUGCUCAGAAGACGAAAUAUUCCAAAGCUGCGGCCCACCAUCUAGCCGUAGGGCUGAAGGAGUUCCGUGAGCUCGUUGCUGCCCCGAUUGACUCCAGUAACUGGCAACCAGUGUUUUGUUUCGCCUCGAUGAUCUCGGUACAUCUUUCCAUGGUACCAGUCCGACUGGGUGUUGAUUGUUGGCCUGAUCCAAUUUACAACAUGGUCGAGCUAUUUGCGAGCGUGAAAGGGUUUCAAGAGAUCUUGCGCCCGUUCCUGCGAUCACUACAGAAGACCCAGCUGGCGCCUCUUGUGAAUUCCAUCAUUUUGGAGGAUGACAAACUCAUUCCGAGCCCGGCCCUUGUAUCACAAUCAUUACUACCACCAGGUACAUGGGACCAAAUAUCACGACUCCACCAACUAGUCGAUGAAUACCCAUUCCCGCAACCCCAUCCACCCGCCGACUCACCAACCACCGAAGAAGAUUUAGACCCUCGAAAAAACUACAAAGUAGCGAUGACCUUCUUCGAAAUAUCAACCCGCCAGAUCGAGCUCGCCGGACCCCAUUUAGAAACGGGAAUGGUGUUCAUGUGGGCCUACCCGCUUUCCAAGCAUUUCCACGAUGACCUCAAGACAUAUCAACCCGUUGCUUUGGUGAUUUUGGCGCAUUACUGCGUGCUGAUGCAGCUUGUUGAUAAGUUUUGGUAUAUUGAUGGUAUUGGGCGGCAGGUGUUGGCGGAUAUUGAGAAGCAUUUGCACCCAGGGUUUCGGGAGUGGUUGGUUUGGCCGAGACGGUGGGUUUCUGGGGCGUGA